AUGUCUGAUCCAGCUUCCGAAGUAUUUCAUGAAGAAGAUACGCCAAAGGAAUGGAUUGCACUUGAGGACGAUCGCAUUGCAAGAGUCAGCCAACCAGCACUGGCACCAGCACCAAAACCAGUGGAUGUGUUCUACCUGUUUGGAAAGGAUGAGGAUAAAGAUGACAGUAGAUGGUCCGUCCUGCGGUACGAUCCGCGCGGGCAGCAGCCCACAACGCGGAUCGCCGACAUGGAGGGACCGCGCGGGGGUACCACCUACAGUGUCCUCAAUGAUGAAUAG